AUAUUGUAACUCCUAGUUCACGUUCCAGGCCAAUCCCUCACUAAACCGAACCCUCACUAAACCGAACAGAAUUGACAGAGAGCACAGAUCAUUCGUUAUCCAGAUUCGAGGUGUGUGUGUGAGAGAGAGAGAGAGAGAGAGCAGAAGAGCAAGAAAAGAAAUCUAUGGCAGUCCACCCCAACACCACAGAAAAUGAAAAACGGUACAGAGUUGCAGUCCUUUUUAUGGGUUGAUCCAAUGGCAGUCAAAUAAGAUAACAUUCAGAUUUAGGACCUUGUUAAGUUCCACGCGAUGAAGUGUUUCUACUACUUUAAAGACAAAUCCAGAGGCAGAGAACAAAGAUCAGCACCAGAGUUGGAAGAGCAAGGAAAAUCCGAUUAUUCUAAUAGGGCCACUAAGUCUUCCUGUUCGGCAUCUUCCCCGCGUGGUAUACCGCAACUGUAUGAGGAGAGGGCUCAUAAUUUGCGUGUCUUCUCAUACUUGGAGCUCCAACAGGCAACACACGAUUUCAGUAGGCUUCUUAAGAUCGGGGAAGGUGGGUUUGGGAGUGUAUAUAAAGGCUCAAUCAAGCUUGCAGAGGGCAAGGGCGACCCAAUUGUGGUUGCAAUUAAAAAGCUCAACAAGGACGGAUUACAGGGCCACAAACAAUGGGUGGCAGAAGUUCAAUUUCUUGGUGUUGUGGAGCACCCAAAUCUCGUCAAACUCAUAGGAUACUGUGCUAUGGACAGGAAAAGUGAGAUCCAGCGAUUACUUGUUUAUGAAUACAUGGCAAACAAAAGCUUAGAGAAUCAUCUUUUCAAUAAGGUUUGCCCUGUGCUUCCUUGGAAAACAAGAUUACAGAUAGUGCUAGGAGCUGCUCAAGGACUAGCUUAUCUGCAUGCGGGAUUGGAAGUUCAGGUAAUAUACCGAGAUUUCAAGACAUCCAAUGUCUUGUUGGAUGAGGAUUUCAAACCAAAGCUUUCCGACUUUGGGCUUGCUAGGGAGGGACCAAUUGCUGGGCGAACUCAUGUUUCAACAGCUGUGGUAGGAACACACGGGUAUGCUGCUCCGGAUUACAUAGAGACUGGUCAUCUGACAACUAAGAGUGAUGUGUGGAGUUUUGGUGUUGUACUAUAUGAGAUUCUUACAGGCAGGAGAUCAUUGGAAAGAAACCACCCAAGGGCAGAACAGAUACUUUUGGAAUGGGUGAAACAGUUCCCUGCUGAUGGUAAAAGAUUCAGGUUGAUAAUGGACCCUCGACUGGAAAACCAGUAUUCCAGUAGUGCCGCUCGAAAAAUUGCCAAGUUAGCAGACAAUUGCUUAGUAAAGAGUGCAAAAGAUCGGCCAACGAUGAGUCAGGUAGUCGAGAGAUUGAAGCAGAUAAUCGAACAAUCCGACAAAGAUGACCCUUGUGAGAAAAGUUUCGAGUCCUUUGAAAAUGAUCCAAUUGUCUCGGAUCAGAAGAUGGAGGCAUCAAAAUCAUGGAAAAGGCGGAUGACCCAGCUGUCAAAACUGGGUGAGAAUGUGGAGGGUGCAAGUAGAAGAAGGUUUAUGAUCAUGCAGAGAGCCCAAGUUCCUUGAUAGUUUUACCCCCUGAAAAGAUUUAUGACCUUGAAGAAACGAAAGUUCAUGGACAAAAACACAUCGGAUUUGGUAGAAAAAUAAGUUAGAUUAUGUUGAUCAUCUCCCGGCACUGAGAAGAUGACUAUGUUUUGGAAGUCAGUCAUGGCUAGCAAUUGUUAGAGAGGCUCCUUUUGUGUACAGGUUAUCAUGUAGUGGAACACUUUUUUCCUUUUACUUAGGUUUCUCCGUUUUGCUGUACACGAGUAAUAAAAGUAAAAACAAAUUACAGUUUAUGCAUGAAAACUGUACCCGACAACCCAAUCAUCCGUCUGAAUGAGCUCACCCAUGAAUAACAGAACUUUUGUUAUAA